AUGUUUGGUGAGUCUGGUAGUCAUACAUGCGCAUCAUCUUCUUCAACUCCCGGUUCUUCGUUUCCGGAGACUGUCCCCGACUCUCAGUCUUCUCAGAGAGUUUCUCAGUCGCCUCUUUUUGGUGCACCACCGGUUCCUCCAUAUUUUCUGCCACCGGUUCCUCGGUUUGAUGCGCCACCCGCGCAUUAUGAUCAUGUUCCAGAGGAGGCACCUCCUCCGAUGGCGGUCGGGAUUCAUCCCGAUUUGCUGGUGCCACCGAGUGCUCCUUAUGCUAUUUACACAGUCGAGGACCUUCUCGCUCAGCAAGGCAGAGAAGGUUUACCAGUCCUAGACCCCGACCAACCGGACGAAACUUUGUGGUUUGGAGUUGAUGGUUCUGUCGCUCGGAACGUAGCCGAGGUAACCAAAGGCUACUUCCCCGACGCUCAUCCGAACUGGAAAUUGACGCCAGACCACGUCAGAAAAACGUGGUUCAAAAUGUUCGCCCAAAAAUAUCAUUGGUCCAUAGGGGUGAACGAGAGGGUGAAAAAAACGUUUAUUGGAAAGGCGAAAACUCGAUUGUUGGACACGUUAUCCAACUGGAAGGAUGAUUGGAUCGUGAAGGGUUAUAAGCAGGGAAAACCCGCUGAGCUCACCACGUCUGUGUGGGAUGGCCUCAUCCAUUUUUGGAACAUGCCAUCGUCCAUUAAAGUCUCCAACAGUUGCUCCACCUCCCGUCAGAAAGAUGAGCAAGGCAACGGGCCGAUGCUUCAUACUACGGGUCAAAAAUCCCACGGCGGUUUCCGUAUGGAUAUGGCCAAAGAGACGGCUCGUCGGCAGGGAGUUGAGUGGAUUAGAGCUUGA